AUGGGGCAGGCUGGUCCUGUCCCCACCUGCCCAGCGCCCACAGUCCCAGCCUCAGCCACAGCCAGGGUGGCUUGCCAGACUGAGGGGGACCAGCAGGGUUUUGGCAGCAAGGAGGUGGUGGCCUUCGCCUCUCUCUUCUUCAUCCUGGUCUCCAUCACCACCUUCUGUCUGGAGACCCACGAGGCCUUCAACAUUGACCGCAACGUGACAGAGAUCCACCGAGUGGGGAACACGACCAGCGUGCACUUCCGGCGGGAGGUGGAGACAGAGCCCAUCCUGACCUACAUCGAGGGCGUGUGUGUGCUGUGGUUUACACUGGAGUUCCUGGUGCGCAUCGUGUGCUGCCCUGACACGCUAGACUUCGUCAAGAACCUGCUCAACAUCAUCGACUUCGUGGCCAUCCUGCCCUUCUACCUGGAGGUGGGGCUGAGCGGCCUGUCCUCCAAGGCAGCCCGAGACGUGCUGGGCUUCCUGCGCGUCGUGCGCUUCGUGCGCAUCCUGCGCAUCUUCAAGCUCACACGCCACUUCGUGGGGCUGCGCGUGCUGGGCCACACCCUGCGUGCCAGCACCAAUGAAUUCCUCCUGCUCAUCAUCUUCCUGGCCCUGGGCGUGCUUAUCUUCGCCACCAUGAUCUACUAUGCCGAGCGCAUUGGCGCCAGGCCCUCCGACCCACGGGGCAACGACCACACCGACUUCAAGAACAUCCCCAUUGGCUUCUGGUGGGCGGUGGUCACCAUGACGACGCUGGGCUAUGGGGACAUGUACCCCAAGACGUGGUCGGGCAUGCUGGUGGGGGCGCUGUGUGCACUGGCUGGCGUGCUCACCAUCGCCAUGCCCGUGCCGGUCAUCGUCAACAACUUCGGCAUGUACUACUCCCUGGCCAUGGCCAAGCAGAAGCUGCCUAAAAAAAGAAAGAAGCACGUGCCCCGGCCACCCCAGCUUGAGUCACCCAUUUACUGCAAGUCUGAGGAGACCUCGCCCCGGGACAGCACCUACAGUGAUACCAGCCCCCCUGCCCCAGAAGAGGGUAUGGUUGAGAGGAAACGGGCAGACUCCAAGCAGAACGGCGAUGCCAAUGCGGUGCUGUCCGAUGAGGAGGGAGCUGGCCUCACCCAGCCCCUGGCCUCUGCCCCCACCCCUGAGGAGCGCCGGGCCCUGCGACGCUCUGGCCCCCGAGACAAAAACAAGAAGGCAGCCGCCUGUUUCCUGCUCAGCGCCGGGGACUAUGCCUGUGCCGAUGGUAGUGUCCGGAAAGAGACCUGCCAAGACGCCCUCUCGCCCAGCUAUGCCCAGGCUGAAGUCCUCACCCUCUCUUAA